AUGUCUGUUAGGCUGCUUGGCAUUCGACCCGACGAGGUUAUCUGGAAUUCUUUGCGUAUGAAGUGGUGGGAGCUCAUCAUGCGACGCACGGGUAUUAUGGCGCUUGUGCUCGCCGCGAUUGUGUUCUGGUCGAUUCCGGCGGCAUUUGUUGGGUUGGUGUCCAACGUCGACUCGUUGGUUCGGCUCGUGCCAUUCCUCAAAUGGAUUAAACUGCUUCCGAAACUCAUUACCGGCUUCAUCCAGGGCUUUUUGCCUGCCUUGGCUCUCUCGUUGCUGAUGGCAGCUGUGCCUUUUAUGCUUCGGGUUUGCGGACGCGCGUCUGGCCUCCCAUCGAUGCACCAAGUCGAGCUCUUUACACAAAACGCCUAUUUCGCCUUUCAAGUCGUUCAAGUCUUUUUGAUCACGACGCUGACGUCUGCUGCUUCAGGCGCCAUUACAGAAAUCGUCAAGAAUCCUCUUGGAGCGAAGGAUCUUUUAGCAAAAAGCCUACCGUCAGCCUCUGAUUUCUAUCUGUCCUAUAUCCUGAUCCAGUGCGUCCUCAGCGGUUGCAAAGAUGUUCUACAGAUUUGGCCGUUUCUCCGUCACGUCGUGCUGGCCAAGAUCACAGACAACCCGCGCAGCAGAUACAAGGCCUGGAGAGAACUAACGACCCCGGGUUGGGGUGGCAUUUUCCCCGUGUACUCUAAUAUGGGUGUGAUUGCCCUCAGCUACUCAUGCAUCUCGCCCCUGGUGCUAAUAUUCGCCGCAUUCGGACUGUGGUUUAUCCAGAUUGUCUGGAAGUACAAGCUCAUUUACAUCAUGGAUUCUACUCAUGACAGCAAGGGCCUUUUCUACCCACAAGCCCUGCUGCAUCUCAUCGUCGGACUGUACUUGGCCGAAAUCUGCAUGAUUGGAUUGUUUGCCCUCAACAGCUCCUUCCCGCCGGUCGUUUUGAUGCUCAUAUUCUUGCUAUUUACAAUGCUUGUUCACAUGUCCAUCAGCGAUGCUAUUGCGCCUCUUUUAGUCAGUCUGCCUCAGACCAUGAAGAUUGAAGAAGACAUUCAGAUUGAAGAGAAGCAAAAAGCCGAUGCUGCUGUCGCGGCGGCCGAAGAAGCAUCAGAAGCUCCUACCGGUGCCGCAAACAGCUACUACGAUGAGACACAAACAUUCGGCGAAGCAACGAUCGAAAGUGAGGAAGAGGAGGAGGAGGAGGAGGAGGGAGGGGAAGAACAUGUGGUGACAGGUACAAGAGCAAUGGAGGGGGCAAGCAGUGUUCGCUCGACAGCAAUGGAGUGGUUCAAAGGGAGCACAAAGAAAAAGAUUAGGGAUGAGUUUGAGUCGCCGUUCUUCAAGCAUUGGCUGGGCAAGAUUGGCAUCAACAUUGGCCCGGAGAAUGCUGAUAAACCAAGCUUCUUUCAACGCUUCCUGCACCCCGAAGAGUACGAGGAUUUUAUCGCUCUACGGAAACUGAUUCCCGCCGACAGCCUGCCCAACAUGGUGUAUGCGGAAAACCACAAGUACUGCAACUACACGCCGCCAGACAUGUGGAUGCCCAAACCGUCACUGUGGAUUCCGCGAGAUGACGCUCGUGUUAGUCGACAAGAGGUUGCACAUACACGCACAUACACGCACAUCUCGGACCGUGGGGCGGAGCUGGACAAGGAUGGACGUGUUAUUGUUUAUUUCGAACAGGCGCCUUGCGAUGAAGCAAGACUUCUGAUGUAA